UUUUUAUUGCAAGUGGCCAGUAGUGUUGUGUUAUUUUUAAUUGAUAUUUGACUCUUAUAGUGUAUUAUCUGUGUUGUUCGUCUUGAAAUGGACAGUUUUUUAAGAUAUUGACAUUACUUUGAACGAAAAUGGAUCUGCCACGGACAAUCUACCACAUUUACGAGAUAAGAUGAGACGCCUAAAAGAUGAGAGACCUCAAAACACCCAACAAUGUAUGAACUAGGGUUCCUCUCCGACGAUGACUGGGAUACCUUGAACUUUACUUUGGACUACACUGUGAUAGAAAGUAAUGGCACUAGCAACGUGACAGAGAGAGAAGAUCAUGUGAUAAAUAAUUGGUGGGCUCUAAUCGCCCUGAUUUUGGUCGUGUGCACGGCGGCCGGGAACGUGUUGGUUUGCCUGGCUAUAUAUUUGGAAAGGAGGCUGCAGAAUGUUACCAACUACUUUCUGAUGUCUCUGGCGAUAACCGAUCUGCUUGUCGCCAUAUUGGUUAUGCCGCUGGGGAUACUGACGUUAGUAAAAGGCUAUUUUCCGCUGCCUGCUGAAUACUGCCUGACUUGGAUCUGCUUGGACGUGUUGUUGUGUACUGCAUCGAUUAUGCACUUGUGUACAAUAAGUGUUGACAGAUACCUCUCCCUCCGCUACCCUAUGAGGUUUGGCAGGAACAAGACACGGAAGAGAGUGACAGUGAAGAUCGUUUUCGUGUGGAUUCUGUCCACGGCCAUGAGUCUUCCACUGAGCCUGAUGUAUUCCAAGAACGCCGAAUCAGUGCUGAUCGAUGGCUCAUGCCAGGUCCCAGACCCGCUGUAUAAGGCUAUUGGUUCCAUCAUCUCCUUCUACAUACCUCUGGUAGUGAUGCUGCUGACGUAUGCUCUCACGGUUCAGCUAUUAGCACGGCAGAGGAAGGGCCUCGGCGCAGGAUGGGCGGCUGGAUGGCUUGGUGCGCCUCAAAUCGAACGGCGGUGCACUUGGAGAAGAUUCCUGGGUCCCAGGAGUGGCACUCCGCAGCAUUCGGCCGCCUCCACAGAAACUGAACUGCCACCAAUCGACACUCGGGAUCUUUGGCUGCAAGAUUCUAGCGAGCCCGCCCCGUCUGCCAUGACUGCACUGCAUCAAUUUGGUGCCGAGAUGUUACGCCUUUCUCGCGGCUUGGAAGCUUCUGCUGCCACCAAACCACAAUACCGAGGGACAAAUAUUUCUGAACGCGGCGGUAUGCUCACCCCAGGAUCACUAAGUGUGUCUUCAUCAUCACCAUCAUCUAUGCUUCAAGAUCGUCGACGACCUUCGUCGACUGGGGAUCCAAACACGCCUAUUCACAGACCCAGAAGUGCGUCCGAUGAUGAAUGCAAUGAAGGUUUAUUAGCUCCUACAACCUUAACUGCUAAGUCUAGGAGUUCGGAGGAUGGUCUGCUUUUACCACCUCCAUGUACUUGUCCUUAUUUUGGUAGCGAGUCAACUCCACCGAGACGAACAACUGAAGUUAUUAUAGUGUCUGGUGGGGAUAUCAACGGUUGUAAUGGGUAUCCACGUAAUGGAAAUCUGAAAACAGAUGAAUCUUCUCAGAUGUUUAGAAGGUCUAGUAGAGGCACAGCUUCCAUGGUAACUUGGGACGAAGCGAGACGUUUCAGGAGAGGUUCCAGCUUUGGUGGAGCUAGAACUACUCUGUCAACUCCCGUGAGAAAUAUUAGGCCUCAAAGAUCGAUAAAUGCGAGGCCUCAACAACAGGUCUCACCUAGUCCUCAACGCCAAACUCCAAGAACUCACCAUUCUAGAAAUUCUAGUGUCAUAUCUAGAAACUCAUCACGCCACGGUAGGAUAUUAAGACUAGAGCAAAAAGCAACUAAAGUGCUUGGUGUUGUAUUUUUCACAUUUGUAGUUCUGUGGGCUCCGUUUUUCAUACUGAAUAUGGUGCCAGCGGUAUGUCCAGAGUGCGAGAGGAGAAUCUAUCCCUGGGUCUUUGACUUUGUAUUAUGGCUAGGUUAUGCCAGUUCGAUGGUCAACCCAAUUUUCUAUACGAUAUUCAAUAAAGUGUUUAGGCAAGCCUUCAAGAAGGUUUUGAUGUGUCAGUACUGUAAGGCCAGGAGGUAGCCAGCACCCUGGGAGCGCGUUCGACCAACUUCGGAUCCUGGUCUUGGGGCGCUCUCAGUAAAUAGGAAUAUAAGAUCUCAAUUCGUAUAACUGAUGAGCUUUAAAUAUUACGCUUUUAGUUUAGCUGUUCAAUUGAGGUUCCUUAGGAAUAUUAUCAGAUUAUUAAGUAAUAUGUGUUGAAAAUAGAUUAUUAUGUUAGCCACUACGCACAAACCGUUCGCCUUUCU